CCUAUAAGGACAACAGAUUAACAAUGGAACCAUCAAAAGAAUAUCUAUUCAAAUACAAAGGGUUUUAUUUUAGUGUAAUUACAUCACCUGAGUAUGUAGCUUCCCUGGAGGAUUUUGAAAUCAAAGAUAGUGACGUAUUUCUAGUUACUUACCCAAAAUCAGGAACUGUGUGGACUCAGAACAUUUUGAGCUUAAUAGUUCAUGAAGGACACCGUAAUGGAACAGAAAAUGUGGACAACAUGGAAAGAAUCCCAUGGCUGGAAUACAAAUCAACCGAUAAGGAUUAUGCAAAUUUUCCUUUGCCUCGUAUUUUUGCCAGCCACCUGCCUUACUACUUGGUUCCAAGAGACCUGAGAAAUAAAAGAGGACGUGUUAUUUAUGUUACCAGGAACCCUAAGGAUGUUAUGGUUUCUUACUACCACUUUUCCAAAUUCAUGUCCACAGUAGAGGAAGUACCAGAUUUUAAUAUUUUUAUGGAGAGAUUUUUAGCUGGCAAAGUACUUGCCAGUUCGUGGAUGGAUCAUGUUGCAGGCUGGUACAGUCAUGCAGAGGAUUUCAAUAUACUCUUCCUUACUUAUGAAGAAAUGAAAAAGGAUCUCAGAAGUGCCGUGCUGAAGAUCUGCAACUUCCUAGGCAGGAAGCUGAGUGAAGAGGAAUUAGACAGUGUUGUACAACAGGCUACGUUUGAGAACAUGAGAAAAGAUCCCAGGGCAAAUUAUGAGAACCUGCCAGAUGACAUCGCAGCGAAAGACAAGGGCAGUUUUCUACGAAAAGGCACUGUUGGAGACUGGAAAAACAUCAUGACAGUGGCACAGAAUGAAAGGUUUGACAAAGAGCUUGAAGAGAAAAUUAAGACCCUGCCCAUCAAAUUCAUGUGGGAUAUUAAUGAUGAAAUGUAG